CGUGGGCAGUCAACAUCGCUGCUCUUCCAGCACAAAGUAAAAGCUUACUGACAUCGUCUCGAAAAAGGUGGUGUUUUCGUGGAAAAUUUGGUGCCUCGAUGGUUUCCGAGAAGUGUGAUCUCGAUAGACGGGCAGUGUUUUGUGGUGUUUAGAAAUCAACAAGAGCGUCAGAAAGGUGGUCAUUGAUUCGGAGAAAGUUGCGGGAUUACUUUUUUUUCGUUACUUUCUAACCCCGGCCGUGGAUUGAUUCUCGGAAGAAUAAUCCGAACGUGAUUUGGGAGCAACGCCAAAAGUGAAGGGCAUUUGGAAAAAAAAGUCGUGGACGUGCACUCUCACCGUUCUCGGCGUCGCGACGCCACAAGGGGGGGCCUUGCAUUGCAGAGUAGUCCACUCGUUUCGCGGGUUUCAGCCGCUCUAUCGAGAAAUUAAAAUUUCGCGCUCACCCGUUCAGUUGUCGUCGAGAAGCCCAUUCAAACGGUUCGCGUGCGUACUUUGCGCUUCGACGUUUCAUUGAAGGGAGAGUGUUUUCUGGACGAAGGGGGGGCGACAGAAAAAAAGCCGGCUCUUUGUGUGGAUGUUUUGGCUCGGAACAGUGUGUGGGGGACUUGUGAACAAAAAGGAAGCAGACAACAUUAAGUUUGGUGGAGUUGUUUUUUUUGGUAGUUCAUUGUAAAAGAAUAGCAAAGCUAUCGUAUUAAGUGACAGUGAAUUGCGGAAAAUUGUGAACUGAGUGAGUCAUUCAGUUAUUAGCGGAGAAGCUAUAAUACUGCGGAUUAUUGUUUGGAAUAUCUUCUGUCCUGGCGGCGGUACACCACUUUUCGAUUUUCGCUCGAGUUAACUUGCAGCUCCACGUGAUGUCUCCGACCGCCGUUGGGGCGGACCUGGGCCCAUCGGAUGAUGGUCCAAUCGUUCAGCAGCAGCAUCAGUUUAUGGAGGACAGCGAGACGUCCAACAGCAGCCAGCCCCAGUCCAGAGUCAUCGUGGUCACCCCGGCAGCCUCGCCGAACGCAACGAGCUUUUCGGUCAUAAAUUACGUCGGCAAAGUACAGAAGCAAUCAUCCCACCGAUCCACGGGACGAUGUCGGACACCGUAUGAGCGUUCUUCCCGUCCAAGUCGCGUCGAAUCGCUUGACGAAGCAACCAACUCAUCGACGGCGUCAUCCGUGGACUACUGCUCGGGGACCGGCGACUCGGCGUCCAUCGUGAGCGACGCACCCGACAUGGUCGAUCUGGACGAGGAGCAAGACGGCGAUGGUGGCCAGCGGCCACUGCCACCACACCAGGGUCAGCUCAACUUGGCGCCUCAUCUGUACCACGGUCCGCGAAGUCGACGCUCGAUGAGCGUUUCCUCAAGUGGGUGCUCUAGCUCGAUGGACGAUCGGAACUGUGACUUUUCACCGCUGGGCAGCAGCACUGGAUGCCGCUGCACGUCCCUCAGCAUAUCGGACUUUGACGACGAUGGUUUCCGCGAGGACGGUAGCGUGUCCUCGAUGUACUCAGUAUUUUCUUCCUCGCGGUCGUACCAGCCGCACCACCCGCUGCACCACAACCACCAGCACGUUCCGCACCACCCGAACAACACCAAGGGUCUGUUCGACAUCGCGCUCAAGACGGUCAAGCUGAUCCGGCGCAACCAGGAGCUGCAGAUGCGGCUCGCCCAGCUCCAGGUGGAAACCAACGCGUUCAUCGAGUCCGUCAUGGCAAACCCGGAGAACGAAACGCUGCGGAACCGCUUCCAAACCGCGGCGGCAUCGUCAGCGGGCACGACGCCGACCACCGUGGCGCUGAAGUAAAGCGACCUCUUCCACGAAAAAAAAAUCAGAAAACAGUCAGUGCGCGAUCUCAAUCAGCCUGUAGCAUUCCCAAAUAAACAAGCAACACUCUGUAGCUUAGAACCACGUUGCGACGGACACAAUGAAACGCAUCAAAACUGCUUAAAUGAGAUAUCAUUUGGUUGUUCACAAAUAUUUAGUAUUGAUAAGCUGACGUUGUUUUUUUUUUUUAUUUUCGAACAUUUACUUGUGCAGAAGUCGGUGUAGAUUAACGUAAAAGAUUAAAAAAAACUCUUAUUUAUUACCAGGCUGACCCAGUUUUGGCGUACUGUUCUAAGAACAACUCCCACAAUCACUCUUAUACUGUUAGGAAAACCUUGAAUGGACAUCAGUAACGGUUACGUUUGCAGCGUAGAACGCUUACACAAAGAACUGUAAAAACGUUUUGAAUAAUUUGGAAAAGACGAACAAAAAAACCCUUGAAAAGCAAUCAAUCCACUGGAUUUGUUUUUGUCAUUUGUUCGAAUAGAUUGCGCGUUCUGCCUAGCAAAACAUACGAUUAGGAUUAGGGCUUACAUUACGGUAUGAUUUUUAAAAUCGUCACUUAGAGAGUUAGAAUGCUUUCGCUGCGCGCGCUAGAUUUAAGCGACAUCGGUGUAGUUUCAACUUCGAACUGUUCAAACAAUCUCAAGCCACUCAAGCAUAAAUAAAGCAACUGCUAAAGUUGAUGAAUUAAACAUAAA